AUUUCAUCAUGACGUUUCUUACAAAAUCAUUAUUAUUAUUCUAUAUUGCUAUUUACUUACUAACAGUGAAUAUUCCCCUAGUUUUUUCGUGUUUCAGCUGUGAUCCCAGCUCAAAGGAAGUGGAAAAUAGUUUCCUAUCUGCUAUUGAAGAUUUGUAUUGGAGAAAGAGAGAAAACUUUAUGGCUGUCCGAGAUUUUAUUCAAGAGUUUUCUAGUGGUUUACAAACUCAGUAUCUGCAGAGGAAAUUAGACAGAUACGGAAUGAACAUGAUAGUUUCAGAAUAUAAAAUGAAAUUAACAAAGCUACAGAAGAAAUUGGAGACAGAGUUGGACGAAGAAAAGACGCCAUUACAGAUAGUCAAAGACCUCACUCCGACUUUCAAAGAACUAGCACUAGCAGUAGAAGACAUUUUUGCUAGUUUCCAAGAGCGUAAAUGUCCUAAUCAGAAAGGUUCCAAUUGUGGAAUCCUAUUUGACAAAGUGACAAACUGUGAAACAUGCCAAGAAGAAUUUCAGAUGUGUGUUGGGGGUACAAACAAAUGGUGUACCGAUUUGGUGAAUUCAUGUCCGAUGUGCCAGUGCAUUAAAGGCAAAUGUUUCGAUGUAAGGACUAAAGAACCCUGCACACCUUGUAAAGGAUACUCAGAGUGCCUUCAAGAAAUAUUGCCGUGUGGGACUCGGGAAAUUCAAGUUGAAGAAGAAGCCGACUUGAAUUUUGAUUGCAGCGUUAAAUUUCAUUACGGCAUUCGGGAUGAAAUGGAAUACGUUCUUGAAAAGGUAUUUUGAAAUGAAAUUCAGUUACUGUAGAUGAUUGUAUGUAAAUAUUUGGGAGGUGCCCACCACCGUUAAAUGUGAUGUCAUUGAGAAUACUUUUUUUCAUUGGGCUAUAAUUAGAUGAUUAUAUAGUGA